AGGCUGUGGCUGUCGCUUACGAGCGCCAGUAAUGUACUAGCUUGGAACUGGCAACAUAAGCGAAGCCCUCGCGAUCGGUAACUGUUUCAUUUGGAAAGCUCGCUCGGCUUCUGGCACACGCAAUAUUGUACUCGCAUAGCUCGUGGCCAGAAAGCUGAAGGCAAACCGGCGAUCCGAUCCGUCUUUCUUUUCCUUUCGGAGUGGGAGCUCGUAAAAUUUUCUCGCGUUUUUUUCCACAUUGAGUCUGACCUGCUAUAAAGAAAAUCCUGGUUGGAGAGCAACACCGCCUCCUAACCAAUGCAACUAUGCGCUUCGUCUUCUUUACAGCGCUCCUGUUAGCCUUCUGUCCAAAUCAUGGAAAAGUCCGAUCAGCUGUCGUGCCAGGGUACCUGGACUUCGACAACUUGCCGGACACGAACUUCUCGUGCGACGGAAAGGUGAUCGGCGGCUACUACGCCGAUGUGGAGACGGGAUGCCAGAUGUUCCACGUGUGCACCAUCGGCCAAAAAGGAGAAAUAACCGACAUAAAGUUCCUGUGCCUCAACGGCACCGUAUUUGACCAGGAGACGAGGGUCUGCGAACGCGUUGACGAAGUGGACUGCAGUAAGACCGAGGGAUUCUACGACCUCAACCUCGAGCUGUACGGAAACAAUGCUGCUCUCAGCUACCACGAGACGGAGGAGGAUCCGGUGACGAUCCCCACGGUGAGCAGUACGCCCUCCACGACGACGACGACGACGACGACGGCGGCGGCGGCGCCGACGACGGCGGCGCAGCUGUCGCUGGGGCUGGGGCUGGGGCUGGGGCGCACGCCCGCCUCCACACACUACUCGACGACGCCGUCGCCGUCGGUGGCUGCGGCGCUGCUCAGCGUGCACUCCGCGCUCAGCAGGGACCGACAUCCCCACCCACACCUCACCGUCCAGGGCGGAGGAAGCAGCGGCGUGCUGAACCCAGCGGACGCCUUCCAGUCGCUGAAGACGUCGGUGGAGCCGCAGCAGUUCGUGUUCUCGUCGACGACGGCCAAGUACUCGAGCCCGGCGAGCCUGUCGGUGUCGGUGCACACGACGAGCGCGCCGCCGGUGGGCGAGCCUCCGCAGCUGCACGUGGUGCACUACCAGCCCGCCCACCACAUCUUCACCACGCCCUCCGUGGCCAUCGUGUCCUCCACCAGGAGCGUGUCCAGCGUCAAGGGCGUCGUCGGCAAGCUGGCGCCCGCCCUCGUUGCCGAAGGUCACUCUCGGGUGCCUAUCAAUAAUUUCGCCUUCGGGAUCAACACGGGGCUAAACCCCCCGCAGUUCUCCGCAGACAACGCCACUGCCCCGGGCCGGCAGUUGCCGGAACUGGCGGCGCACGACCCGUACGGCGAGUACCACGAAGCGGACGACGAGGCCCUCGACUCGUUCUUCAGGGACGUUCCGCGCAUCGCGAAGCAACCCAAACAGGUGCAGAGGCAGAAACGCGCCACCGGCAGAGGGGGCAGAGGUCGCUUCAGGCCGUCGCUGGACGCUCUGAAGGAAGAAUCCGGAGAGGAGGGACCCAGCCCCGAGGGUUCGGAAGUGUUCCCGCAGGAGGCGGCUGCUCCCCGAGCGGACGUCUACUUCCAGAAGAGGCCCAAAGCGCGCGGCCGACCCGACGAACGCCGCAGGAGGCCCCAGGAAGACGCACUGCCCACCGCGGAGGCCUUCUUCAGGAGCACCAGGAUCGGCCAGCUGCAACAGGCGGCGACGCUGGCGCCGACGCCGCGAACUUACACCGGGCCUCUCGUUACGGAACAGCCGAACGAAGUUCAGACGACUACACUAGCGACAGAGACGACGAUCAAACCCCGCGCGGCCACGCAGCAGCUACCUUACGGCCGGGCGAACGAAGUAGACGGGGGUUUCAGUGGACGGCGGACUGCGGCGGGCAGCCGGGGCUACCCCGCCAGCCGCAGGGUGAGCCCCAGCGCCAGCCCCAGCCCCAGUCCCUCCCCCAGGGCGCCGGCGUGCAGGCGCGGGGCCGCGUGCGCCGAGCAGCGCUCACCCUACCAGGCGGUGCUCGCCGAGGUCUCCCGCAGGCGGCCGGCCGCGGCCAGACAGCCGGAAGCGCUCGCGCCACAGACGUCGCCCGCUCCCGAGCCGGCGGCGGCGGCGGCGGCGGCGGCGGCGGCGGCGACAGCCACGGCGAGGAGCGAGCUCCAGACGACGGUGGACGCGGACGUGAGCACGGCGCCGCCAGAGACCUACGACUCUGCCAGUCCGUACAGUGCGGACUCUCGCAGGCCGUCAGGCAGAGGAGGCCAAGCUCCGCCGGAGACCUACGACUCGGCCGGCCUGUACAGUGCGGACUCUCGCAGGCCGUCGGGCAGAGGCCAAGCGCAGCCAGAGAGCUACGACUCAGCCAGCUCGUACAGUGCGGACUCUCGCAGGCCGUCGGGCAGAGGCCAAGCGCAGCCAGAGAGCUACGACUCAGCCAGCUCGUACAGUGCGGACUCUCGCAGGCCGUCGGGCAGAGGCCAAGCGCAGCCAGAGAGCUACGACUCGGCCGGCCCGUACAGUGCGGACUCUCGCAGGCCGUCGGGCAGAGGCCAAGCGCAGCCAGAGAGCUACGACUCAGCCAGGUCGUACAGUGCGGACUCUCGCAGGCCGUCGGGCAGAGGCCAAGCUAAGCCAGACAGCUACGACUCGGCCGGCCCUUACAGUGCGGACGCUCGCAGGCAGUCGGGCAGAGGUCAGUCGCAGCCAGAGAGCUACGACUCGGCCAGCCCAUACAGCGGAGACUCUCGCAGACCUGCCGGCAGAGUCCAGCAGCCGACGCCCGCCAGCAGGCAGAGGUCGAGGAGCCGGUCGCAGCAGGUCGAGCCGGCACAGAGGCGCGCUUCUUCGCGUCCUCCGUCAUACGACUCGAGGACAUCUUACGAGUCGGAGACGUCUUACGAGCAGGCGACUACCGUGCAGCAGCCGCAGCCGCCGACAGCACUGCCCGAGACGAGCUUCAGCUGCGCAGACAAGGUUCCCGGAGGCUACUACGCGGACAUCGAGGCCGACUGUCAGCUGUUCCACAUCUGCUCACAGGGCAGGCACGGCAAGAUCACUGAUAACAAGUUUAUGUGUGGUCCCGGCACGAGGUUCAAUCAGCAGAGUCGUACUUGUCAAGCACGUGAAUUUGUGGACUGCAGCAUUUCCACGUCACUAUACCACCUCAACAACCAUUUCCAGCCCACGCAACAAGAAGAUAUGAAUGAUGAACCUGGAUUUGAGCCCCUUAAAGUACGCCGUUCAAAGAGACAAGCCAAAGGUGCUGCAAGAAGUCCAGACUAUAUGGUAGAUAGCUUGCCAGAAACUUCAUUUACUUGUGAAGACAAGCCCACAGAAGGCCUUUAUGCAGAUGUGGAAACACAAUGCCAGGGAUUUCAUCUCUGUCAGAAGGUGAAAGGCGUCAUGACCCUAGUAUCCACAUUUGUAUGCCCACACAAAACAGUUUUCAAUCAGCGUGAGGGAAACUGUGACAACUGGGCAGAUGUUGACUGCAGACUCUACUCACAACCUGAGCACAGCUUUGUCAGGAAACAAAAUAGGAAGCACACACAUAACAAAAGGGAUACAAGCCAAAUAUUGAAACCACUAGACUUAUUCACUUAUUCCAGUGGUGAGUCUGACAAUUUAAAGCAAAAUAUUUCAGCAAAAAUUCACAGUUUUAGUUCCAGAAGCAAGAAUAAUGCAACAAGUACACCAAUAGCUGCAGGUUCCCUGCUCAGAUACAGUAAGCCAUCAAAAACGUCAAGCAGUGAGAAUAAGUUUGAGCAAAGUAACAGAAGAAAAUGGAUGAAAAUGGACCUGAAACUAGAUUUUCCACCAACCACACCUUCAUCUCACAAAAGAAUAAAACAUGAAGUUACUGAUGAAAGCAAUGAAACUGAGGAAGAAUAUUAUGACUAUAUAGAUGACAGUUAUGAAGCUGACCUUGUACCUCCUGAACAGGAAAAUGCAAAUUUGACAGCAUACAAAGACUCCAGUAAGUUUGAAGCUGAUUACAGUACACAUUUACAUUCUAAUAAUGAAAGUAUUGACACAGUAACAACAGAUUUGGCCCAUACUUCUUCAGAUGAGCUUCUAAUAGCAGAUAGCAAUAAAAGUGAUACAGAUUCUAAGGGAACCAUAACUACCUUGCCUUCCAUUAGCAGGUCCAGUAAUAAUCAAGAAAAUGUGAAAAUUUGUGCAGAAAAUGAUACAUGUGACUAUAAAGAUGAGUUGGAACACAUAACAAACAAGGAGGGAACAGUUGGCAGUUCUAAUCAUACUCACAAUACAGAAACCUCACUACAUUCAGCAGAAGAGCAAUUAGCCCAUUUCCCCAGUAAAAAUAAUAAAACAUCAGCACCCUAUAAUGACGAAUAUGAAUAUUAUGAUUACUACAUAGAAGACAUUGAAGACGAAUCAGAUGAAAUAAUUAAUUACCCUAUGGAACAAACAACAGCUUCUGGUCUGGCUCAUGAUAGUGAAUCUUCCCCUGACGUUAAUAUUUCCAUUCCACACUCACUUACAUCUACUGAAAAAUCAAACUCCUCUACAACUGAAUUGACAGUAUCUUAUACAAAGGUACCUAGCACAGGUGCAAAUGCAAGUGAUUCUGAGGAUAAAUAUAACUUACCAGCAGUAGAAAUAGAAGAGGAUCUUGAAAUUACCCAAAAUAAACACUUGGAAAGCAGUUCCCAGAAAGCCACAAGUGAACAUGAUGGUGAGAAUAACAAACAUAAGAAAUCUGAGAGUAUCCCUGUGACUGAAAGUCCAGAAAUAUCUCUAGAGGAACCUGUUUCACUUGUGGAUGAGAAGUAUGAUUAUUAUGAUUCUGAUUCAAAUGAUGAUGAUGCUCAGCUUAAUGUGACGUACAAGGAAGUUUUGAAUACGAAUUUUGGUUCCACUGAAAGGUCACAAAAAGAUAUAAGUGAUGCAAAGAAAGAAAAUGUCAUGCAUCAGCACAGCACAGAAGCCAUUAAUGAAACAAGCUCUUAUGAACAUGUAAAAGACGUUACAGAAACUCAGGUUCCAGAUAUUGAGCAUCUUAAACUUCCUGAAGUUACAAAUUUUCAUGAAGAGAGGACAGACCAUUCCAUCACCCUACCAUCACUAUUGGAUCAUGGUCACAAAAUGGAUACGGACUUGUUUUCUGGGCCAAAUGUCUUACUAGAAAAUGGAUUGCCUGUGGUUCUUAACACAACUCUGGAUGAUCAAAACACUGGAAAUUUAGUUUCAGAAAAUGUUGCACAAUUUAAUUCAAGUAGUCUUCCACAAUAUACUGAAAAACACAUAAAAGAAUCUGAUGAAAAUAAUAACCAGUUUCAAAAUCCAUUACAAAAUGAUGGUAAGGAAGCCAAAAGAAACAGUUCAUCUGAAAAUACAACGCUUCGUACUACAACUUCACAAGGUACUUCUACUCUUCAAAUUCCUAACCUUUUUCACCCACCCAAGCCACACCUAGCCUAUCAUGUAAGACACUCAACUCCUCUGCUUCCCCCAGUAGUCAUUCGAUCAAAAGAUGGUGCCAAUCACAAAUCUAGAGUUAGGAACAACAGGCAUAAAACUAAGAAAACACAAAAUGAUGAGAUACAUACAACAACUGAGACUUUCACAAAAAGUGAAAAUGACCCCAUUAUAUCAGUAUCUGAUAAUUACUUUUCAACAGAUAAGGAACUUAUCCCAAAUAAAGAUGAGAUAACAUCAACAGACUCAACAAAGAACACAGGAAAUAUGUUAAGAAUUUUAGGUACAGUGAAUGAAUUCAAAGUGGAACAAAAGACAGAGCCAAUUUUUCAGCAAGAUACUUCCACACAUCCUGAAGAAUCCAUAACAGUGGUGCCAUCUACAGAAAUUGCUCUUGGGCAGGCUGUAUUAGAAAACGACUUCAGAGUAAAGACUGAUGGCUUAGAUAGCUGCAAAGGAAAUGCUGGCUGUUUACAUGUGCAAAGUCAGUAUACAACCUUGUCUCCUGUCAGUUACAAGUUUCAUAAUAAACAUACUGAUCACUUAUCACAUGUAUCUCAAACUGCUGGAUUUCUAUCUGAACACACUGAGAAGAACCUACAACAGCCAAACUCCCUUGAACAAAUUACUUUCCAAAAAUUUAAGGGUAGUGAAGGGAAAACAAAGUCAGAUGAACAAGUAUUAGGGACUGACAUUCCACCGACAUCAUCAGGAAAUAAUGUGGAUUAUGUAACAAUAACACCCAAGGUACAGUCAUUGAAAGAUGCAUCUGAAACAGUUACUACUGAAUCUCUGUUUCCCACAUACACACUAUCUGCUAUUAAUGCCCAAACCAAUCAAAAAUCAAAUCAUGACAGUUCAAGGUUUGUGUGCUCCAGUAAAGAACUUUAUCGCUACUAUCCAGACCCAUUAGACUGUCGUAUCUUCCACUAUUGUUCUCAUGGUUUCCAUAACCAACAAGUACUAGAUUUCAGGUUCAUGUGUGAAAAUGGUACAGCCUUCAGUACAGACACUCAAAAAUGUGAAAAUGAAGAGGAAGUACAAAGCUGUUCCAUGACUAAAAAAUAAUGUGGCCAUUUACAGCUUACAGUCCUGUUGAAAUACAAAAUAAACAAUGAAACUGAAGCUGAUUAUUAUAAUUGGCUUAUUGUUGUGCUGAUCUGAACUGUGUUCACCGCUACAAUGGACAUUAAUUCAAAGUUGAAUUAGUGUUGCUUUGAUGACUGAAGUAAUAUAUUCUUCUAAACUUAUAUUGUACAUUAUAAGUAAUAGAGUUAAACCUUUUCUGGAAAACAGCAUAGGAUAUUUCAUGACAGCAGCAACAAUACCUUGUAUAUUGUGCUGAAAUGAAUUUAUCAAAUAACUUCAUUAUUGAAGUUUUGUCUAUGUGCUUUUCCGUAAAGGUUUUACUGUGUUACUAAUCAUUAAGCUUUUGUUUAUAUUUGUAGUAAAUACUCAUUAAAUACUGUGAAAAUGUGAAUAGUGUUUCUUGCAAAUGUCUGAACAAUUCUAAUGGAUUUUUAUAGGCCCCGACAGUUAUGUAAAUGUUUGAAAUUUAAAUGAAACAGGUUUUGUUUCCUAAUGCUGUAUUUAAAAGAAAAAUUAAUUUCAUUAUAAAAUUGUGUAUUAUAUGUUGAAAGAUUUUCUGUUUGUUAUCAUUUUCAUUAUUUUCCGAUAGCUGAACUAUGAUGUUUUCUGUACCCACAUAAUCUAUCCUUGGAGUGAUAUGAACUACUUUCAUACCAUGCUUUUGGAAUACGUGAUACAAAAUGCACAACUGUAGAAUUAAGUGUGCUUUCCCAUGUGAGCAAACUGUUGAUUCAUCUUGAAAAUGCUCUUGUGGUUUCCUGCAGUGUAAAGUCAGUCGAAUCUAUCUUUGUUCUCUACCUUGUGACUCAAAAUUCAUACUGAAGGUGGAAGGAAUAUUUUCCAUGAACAUAAGAAUAUUUCUGGUCUGGACUACUGGUACUUACCUAGAAUUACAACUUGCCUCCAGAAAACAAUGGAGAAACACUUUCUUACAUAUCAUUGUAAUUCAAACUUAUUUCAAAUAUAAAUAUGGAUACUGUAUAGUUUGUUAUGCCUCUCUAGGCUCUGUCUUUAGAACUACAUACAUCAUCUUUCAUUACACCCAAUAUUUAUUUUUCAAACCAAAGUUUCCUUAAGUAGUUACCUGUGGUAAGCUUGUAUAUAUUUCACCUUUAAGGAAAACUCUUACAAUUAAUACAUCUCUUUCUGAUGAACAUUACAAUUUACAUAUUUAGUUUUCAAUUUGCUUAUUUAUUUAUAUUCUAAGAGUUUAACUGUUACCUGAAUUGCCAACUUCCCCAAAUAGAACAGUGUGAAGAACACUAACUGGACAGACAGGAAUAUGAACCAGACUGAGAUUAAAUUCAUGUAGUGGAUUAACGACUGUUAGUCUGGUACAUCAGCCAGCCUGAAUGUGGCUUUUAUGCAUUUUUCUACACUUAUAAAGGCAACUGCUGGACUGGUCUCCAAUCUCAGCUUUAGGAAAUAAGAUCAGAAAUAGUCAUAACACAGAAUACUUACAUGAUUCACAGACAGACCGUGCACUUGAAUGAAGCUAUCCUGUUGAGUGUGGCACCAGAAAGGGCAUCAAACCACAAAGUUAAAGUAAAAUAUUUUUAAAAAAGCCAAGUCAUGAAAACAUAUGAUAGGAUAUAUUCUAAGUGACAUAGAACUGUUAGGAUGCUAUCCAGAAUAUUUGCAAACUGUGGUCACUUCUGGUGCACUAUCUAGAUAAAGAGGUAAUAAGUAAAUUGUGCUCCAUACAAAGAACACAAGGUCAAUGGUUCAAAUGCACAUACAGCUGUCCUGAUUUAGGUUCUCUGUGAUUUCCCUAAAUCGUUUCAGGCAAAUUCAAGGAUGGUUCCUUUGAAAGAACAUGGCCGACUUCAUUCUCCAUCCAUCCCCAAUCCAAUGGGAUCGAUGACCUAGAUAUUUGGUCCCCUCCCCUGAAUCAACGAACCAAUCAUACUAGCUAAAGUUAUACCAGUUUGUUACACCAGUAAAGUAGUGCAUAUAGAUAUUCAGAAAAUAGACUUCAGUAUAAGAAAUUAGUUAUAGUUACAGUAUAAUGUUACAGUCAACCAUUUUUAAUUCCUAACUCAUGAGGUGUGGUCUCUCAGACCAUAUGACAAUUUUUGAACUCACUCUCCAAGGUAAGCUCUGGUGGAAUGCUUCUAUACUCCUUUGUACCCUCCUUAAGUCACUAACCCCUGAAUGUUUUAUUGGCAGUUGCAUUAUCGCCUUAUUUGUUGGUUGUUGACACAUGAUGGGUUUCCUAGACUGUGCAUUGUGGACUACAUACCCAUAUUCUAGAGUACAGCACAAAAUGUGUUCACAGGAACACAUCAUUUUUAACACUCCAUAGUUUGAUGAAACUAUUGAUAGAAGGAGAAAGCUGUCAGUGGUAUACAUUAAGAAAUAGAUGAAAAUGACAAUGAUUUUGUAUCACCCAUUGAUUUCAAUUCUGCAAGUAAAUAAAGGAUCAUUCAGAGGAAGAACUUCAGACCUAUGGUGAUCAAAACCUUUCUGUUUCUCUAGCAAAAUAUGUUAACUGUUAAGUAAAAUUAAAUGUGUUCUAAGUGGUUGUAAAUAAAAUUGUAGACCCAGCACUGAAUGCCAA